CUCCAUAUGACAGCCCAAUAGCUCUUGACCAUGUUUCCCAGCUCGAGUGCGUCCACUCCCUUCUCUGUCAAGGACAUAUUAAACUUAGAGCAGAGCCACAACGCGAUGGUGUCUUCUGUGGAUGUUUGUUCCCGGUGGGACUGCACCGUGCCAACCUCCUCCUGCAUGCUGGCGCGCCUGAAGCAGGAGCCCCUCCGUGACCCGCCGCCCGCCGCGUCCCUGUUUGGAGAAAAAGUCCAGGAGGCCAAAAGCAGCAGAGGAACCGCUGCUGCCUUUUAUGGCAAAUCAUUCCUAGAGAUGGACAUAGUCAAGGAUGGAAAAUCAGAGGGAAAUCACUGCAGGAAAGAGGAGUUCACUUCUCCGGCCCAGCCCGGUGACGACCUAAAGUCCGAGGAUCAGGGCCGAGCCAAGCCUCGGAGGCGCAGGAAGCCCCGGGUCCUCUUCUCCCAGGCCCAGGUGUACGAGCUGGAGCGUCGUUUCAAGCAGCAGAGGUACCUGUCCGCCCCGGAGAGAGAUCACCUGGCCGGCGUGCUCAAACUCACCCCGACCCAGGUCAAGAUCUGGUUCCAGAACCGGAGGUACAAGUGCAAGCGGCAGCGGCAGGACCAGAGCCUGGAGAUGGUGUCUCUGCCACCGCCGCCCCGGAGGGUGUCGGUGCUGGUGCGCGACGGGAAGCCGUGCCUUGCGGAAUCAGCGGCGUAUAGUCCGUCCUACAGCAUGGCGCACAUCAACCACUUCACCUGCAACAACUACACCCCGUUCAGUAACUACACGGGCCCGGCCUGCAACACGAACUACCCCUGCAAUUAUCCUGUACCCGCGAUGCAAAGCAGGCAAACGUCUCCGGGCGACGGCUACGUGAACUUUGGGGAGCUGAAUAACGUGCAGAACACGUUCAGCUCCAGCAGCGGCGUGUCCUCGUUACACGGCAUCAGGACUUGGUAAAAAAAAAAAAAAAAAAACUGCGUUAACUUGGUUUAACUAUUGCAUGUUUUUGUGGCAAAACUUUGUGGAGUCUUGUGGUAUUACAUAUUUACUACUUUUUUAUUUUAAGGCACCGCUUUUUGCCGAAAUAUUGUUUCAUAUAAUUUCAAGACAUUAAAAGCAAAGUUAUGUCAUAAGUUGAUCAAGUCUUUAGAUAGCGAAUUACAGGUUACAGUUUAUCCUUAAGAAAAUCUGUUUAUUGGCCAACAAGGAAAUCACAGCCUAUUGUUUUCUAAUAAUAAUAAUGUCUAACAAUUUAAAUAUAUAUUAUUGCCUAGACAGCCAUCUAUUGGCAAUAUAUGUAUGUGUGUGUGUUGGACGGGAGGGGUAUCUGACACAAAACCAUAAUGACAGGGCAGUACCACUGCACCUCCCCCUCCCCCCAAAAAAGUUUUAGGCAUCCAACAAAAUCCGAUUUUUUUUUUUUUUUAAACCAGUAUAUUAAAAGGAAAUUCCAAUUUGGAUUGGGAUGUCCAUACAUGCCUGCAAAAAACUUUAAAUAAAUAAAAUGUUUAAUUACUAAGUUGCAAGGUGUCACUUAAAAAAAACUGUAUUUCUUUGUAGGUGCACUGCCAGCUAAAACAAAAGUAGUUGCCAAUGAUAAUGGAAUCAAAAUAUAACAGCUGUUAAAAAAACUCAAUUUAAUACAUUUAAUCAUUCAUUUAUGAAUCACAGAGUGCACAUCCGUGAUUAUUUUUAAAGAUAAAAAGUGGUCACUCAUUUUACACGUUCAUAUUGUUCUCCAUAUAAAUAUUUAGCUGCAUGUCAUGAUUUGCAUAUGUUUUCGGUAUGCAAAAUGCACCUAAAGUAUUUGCACAGUACUGUGUUGAACUGUGCAACAUGGGUGACCUGGUUACAACUCUAAAUCAACAAUAUGACCAAACAUUACAACUGCCACAUGGUUUGUGUCUGGUUAAACUGCUCAAGUGGCUAUUAGGAAGCUUCUGUCACUAUACUUCAACAGGUUGAAAAGUUUACACAUUUUACAACCCUGCAGUUUGCCACACAUGCACGUUAACUGUGACCCAUGACCUUUACCUGUAUUAAUAAUUAUAUUUAUUGUUAAGACAAGAAUUGUCUAACUGCAAAACCAAAAACAGUCAGUUUUUUACUAUUACUUGAUCCAAAGCAUUUAUAUUUGGUGUGAAAAUAUUUCAGAAUAUCUGAUUUGAUAGUUUACUAUAUUUCAAAUCCUUUCCAUUUUACAACUGUUUCAGUCAAGAAUGCAAACUAAGUGAAAAUGAACACUGACAUCUUUCAAACAUCAGUAUUUACGACAUACAUCUAGGUUUUUUUGCAGACGUCCGCUUCCUAUUUACACAUUCAGAUUGGCCCCCCUGAGAUGGAAACCUACUUGUCCAUAUAUGCAAACACAUGACUGACACUCUCCUUGUGCUAUACACAAUAGUCCCAAUUUGCUUGACAUAGAGUCCGAUGCUUUGAUAAAGUGUUAAAUGAACAGGUUUGUUCAACUGCCACAACUUUAAAUAAGUAAGAGAUGCUCUGGAAUCUCUUGAGCCUCUACACAUGUACACCUUGUGUGCGCAUUGGAAAAAAAAAUACACUGCAUACAAAGAUAAAGGUGGGAUAAUUAAUAUUUAUUAGCAGUCAUUCCCAUAUUCAGCAAAACAUCAAUUCCAGGUAAAUGUGGAUGGGACAGUAAGGUCACAUCUGCCCCAAUGGCCACCCUCUGCCCCAAGGUGUUGAAAAGCCAACGUCAGAUA